CGACUGGACUGGCCAAAAUGUCUUUGUCAAAUGAAUAACGCAUUUCCUUGUGAAUUUUGUCGCUCAAAGGCUUUUCAUUUCGCCUCUGCAGGCGCAUCUCUUCGGAUGCAGGGCCUAAAAUGGCGACGGAUCGGACUAAAAGAGCCAUUAAAGUUGGAUUUUACGACAUAGAGAAUACCAUCGGCAAAGGCAACUUCGCGGUGGUGAAGUUAGCGAGGCAUCGCGUAACAAAAAGCCAGGUAAGGGAAUCAAAGCUGUUUUAAUUCGCGUUGUAAAAGCUGAUCGACAAUAUAUAUUUAUUGCUCGUGUUCGAUCUAGCGUGCGUGCGAAUGGCGAAUUCAUGUCAUUUUGCUUUCUCAAAUUAGCAGAAAAAAAUUCCACUUUCUCUCGGCUAGGUCGCCAUUAAGAUCAUCGACAAGACUCAACUGGAUGAAACCAACUUAAAGAAGGUGUACAGAGAGAUAGAAAUAAUGAAACUUCUCAAUCAUCCACACAUCGUUAAACUAUAUCAGGUAAGCCAAUUGAAGGUGAAUCGUUGUAGCGACCUAUUUAGCAGGGCUUGAAUACAUUCAGAGCUUUCGUUUUUGCAUUGUUUAGGUCUCAUUUAUGAUAAAUUCACCACAUUCAUGUAAUGUUAUUAUCAGAAGUCAGUGUGCAAAAUAAAAUCUAUUUUUUGUUGCUUUUUCCUUCUCUUAAGGUCAUGGAAACGAAGAGCAUGUUGUAUUUAGUGACAGAAUACGCCAGCAAUGGAGAAAUGUUUAGUAAGUAAGACUUGUACUAGCCGUGUCUUUAAAGACCUCUUUAUGUUAAUUUAGAAUGGCUUGUGAUUUGCAAUUCUGACAUGAGCGUUGAUUACAGCCGUUUUUUUCUUCCUUUUCUUUUGGUUAUUUAUCAUUUAUGCUAAGUUUUCAUCAGUUCAGAAGUAAAUUCGAGCAAUGUGAACAUUCUCCGAACAUGGAGAUGUUUAAAUUCCUGCGAAAGUCGCGGUUUGCCUUCUGCGGAUUUGAUCAAUAUACAAGUAUAUUCAGCAACUCUGGUAUGUGUGACGUUUUAAAUUAUAGUGUACCAUGAAACUUUAUCCAAUUUGACAUUCGAUAAAUUCACGCUGCCUUGCCUUAGUUAGCCUGAACGAUAUUUACUUUGUGGGGUUUUUUUUAUCUACGAUGGCGCUUGUUUAGUGCAGUGAUGCGAGAAGAUACAAGUGAGUCCGUCUAUAACAAAACAACCAUUGAUUACUCGGGCAAAAGGUCUUUUCAUUGAGAAAAUCCUUAUAAUCUCCGACGUUCUGGGCAUUUCGGACGUGUUAUUCAAAUGCGAGAAGUAGGGUCUUCGUAACAUAAAUUGAUACAAUGAUGUAUGUUGUACGUCGCGAAGAUGGGCUACUCAAGUGAGUUUAAUGUCUCCAAGUUGUUACUUCGAAUCGAGAUGUAUUUCAAUAGCAUGACCCUCUGAUGUAUUGAACUUUUUCAUCGAUAAAGUUCAUGAGAUUAGAUUGGAACUAAUAGAUAAUCGGUUUCGUUUUCGCAAGAAUACUAUAAAAACGACUCGAACAUGGGAAAGGUUUUGUGCUCAGUCUUAAGAUCAUUUGAAAGAAAUACCUGUAUGACUUAGCAAGGUUUUACUGACAUUUACGUGAUUAAAAGAUUAAAAUGUUGUUUUUAAGCUCAUAAAAAAACUACCAGUGAUAUCCCAGCUGGAUAUCAGUAAUUGUUCGUGUAUGUCUGCCAAAUAAACCGAUCCAGGUGUGCUGUUCCUUUCAUAUUAUAAAACUGUUAAUCGAAAUUUUUGGAUUUAUCUCAACGAGAGGUCUUUCACUUAGAGAAACAAACAUGUAAUCAACUGGAAACAGAAAAUUGUUUUAAUGACAUUUUCAACCGGCAGAAUCAAAUGUUAUGUAUAAAUUGGGAUGUACAUUGCAUCUACAGUGCAAUAAUUUGCAGAAACGGGGCAAAUUAACCACUUAUAUAUGAAAAAAAGAGAAAUGUUGUUUCAGAAGAUGUUGAAUUUGGUGGUUAGCUUUGAAACACAGAGACAGUAUUAUGGCAUUCUUUGUUCUUUCCUCUCUCACUCUGUUUGAACUGCCUUUCCUUGUCACAGUUGAUGAGGAGCUCUAUGGAAAAUGUUGACUAAUUACAUUACAUGUGAAUAGAAUUUACAUGUAUAUGUCAGAACAAGAAAAAUGAAUGGCUAUUAUCAUGCUCGAUGUUUGUGCCUCACACUAACUGUAUUAUUCAACUACCCUGGGUAACAAUUUCGCUGGCUCUUAAUCUUGAAAACUAAAAGUUGCAUCACUUUCGAAAACAAUACCCUGCAUUGUUAUAGAAGCCGGAUGCUGCUUUCCAAUUUUGUUUGUUUUGAAAAAUGGUUUCAGACAGUCUUAAUUAACACCUUGGGUAGGGCAAGUAAUGAACCUGGAUAUUUUCUUUUAUAGAUUACCUGUCCAAUGGUGCUCUUCCUGAAAAAGAAGCACGUAGGAAGUUUGCACAGAUUUUGAGUGCUGUUGAGUACUGUCACAAGAGACAUGUUGUUCAUCGAGACUUAAAGGUGAGUUUUCUUUUUUUUUUUAGAAAUUAAAGCAUUACGAUAAUGAUAAUGAACAUUUUUUAACUUUCUGAUUUUUACAUUUACUAGUUAUUUGCAAAAACAGUGACAUCAUAGGCAGUGUUUUUCAGAACUGCUAGCAGCUGGCAUUAUCAGCGGUUACUCCUUUCUUAAGCCCGACAAAUAGUCUGUUUUGAUAUGGAAUAAAUUUUAACCUUUGCCAGCUACUUUGUUCAUGGCUGACCAUCAAGAAAUCUCUGGAGAAAACUGAUUUUGUGUUGUAUCCAAGUUAUGUCGGUCUGUUCUGUUCAACAGCGCAGCUUUUGUUCUAUUGUGUUAAGGAAAAAACUGCCUUUUGAAUUUGAAAUGCAAUCUGGUUUUAUCUGAGUUGCUUAUUUGAAUAUUUAUUCUGUACCCCUCAUCAGAAACACAUCUGUCAUCUUUAUACAAUCUUAGAUUUCUUUUCCACAAACAGACACUUUGAACUCUAAGGCAAAACUUAUCCACUCAUGAAAUAUUACUUCUGAACUCUAAGAAACCCUUGAUUGGAGAGGCCAGGUUUUAAGAACCAUAUCAUUUAUAUGCAAUUAGAAUUUACCCAAAUACAUUUAAGUUGCUCUCAAUUCUUCGAUGUAAUGCAGAACAAAACUGUGCCACAGAAUGCUGUUUCUUAUACAAAAAAGGCUGAAACCACUUUAUUUUACUGUAGUACCACAAUUUUGAAUUUCUUAUUUGUUUAAAAACGUGUUUUAUGAUGUAUUUUUUUACAUGUAAAUGUUUACAAAUCACAAUAUACAAGAACUUUAUGUUUUGGGUGUUGUUCAUAGUUUGAAUUUUGCAGUUUAUGCAUGUUUUAGUAGUUACAGGUACACUAUAAGAAAAAUAUUAAAUGUUUACUUUUUAUUUUUACUACAGGCUGAGAAUCUCCUUCUCGACCAAAGCUUCAACAUAAAAAUAGCAGGUAAGAGAGGGGAGUUUGUUGCUGUUAUGGGAAAAGCUUGUAUUUAAGUCAAGUGUUUUGUAUUUUUAUGGUUGUUGCUCAAGGAGCCUUCAAUCAUGGCUGAGUGAAAUAUAAUUGAAUGCGUUGCUUCUUGGCCUGUGACCAAAGAUUUUUAAAUUGCUAACAAUCCUCAUUUCCUGACAUUUGUCAUGCUUUGCAAAUAGACUUGGCGGAAAUAUACCGGUACUGCUUGAACUCUGGUCAUAAAAUCUCUAUACACGUCACUUCCUGGAGUUCACGCAAUGUUGGGAUAUUGUUUUUAAUACACAAACUGUUUUUUAUCUUAACUGUUAACAAUCCCUAUUUCCUGACAUUUGUCAUACUUUGCAAACAGACUUGGCAGAAAUAUACCAGUUCCGCAUAAACUCUGGUCUUGACAUCUCUAUGCACGUCACUUCCUGGAGUUCACGCAAUGUUGGGAUAUUAUUUUUUUAUCAAUUUCCAUUCACUCGCGCAAAAAUAGCAACUUCCCUAGUCUAUUAAAGUAGAUAAAUGAUUUUCCAGUUAAAAUUUCUGUUCCAAAUUCGCACUGCACAAUCCAUAGUAACAGAAAAAUCUUGACCUAUAUGCAUACAUACAUUCAAAUUUUAGUCCAAAAAGGAGAAUGACCUGAUUCUCCAUAUAUGGUAAUUUGAAUUGAUGCUAUGGAUAAGGUAGUCUUAAACUCAUCGAAUAAGCUAUUUUGUAUGGUUUUUUAUGAAAUUGCAGUUAAUGAGGUUAUAAAAUUGUGCUAAUGUGUUAAGAAAUUGUAUCUAAUUGUGGUUUCUUUUGACAGACUUUGGUUUUGGUAACUACUACACACCUGGAAGUCCACUGAACACAUGGUGCGGCAGCCCUCCUUAUGCUGCUCCAGAAGUUUUUGAAGGGAAACUCUACCAUGGGCCUCAGUUGGACAUUUGGGUAGGUUUUACAUGACACAUUUUCUGCAGACCUGAAGUAAACUUCUCUUUUUUGCUUUUUAUCCAGUGUCUUUGUGAGUUCAACCACCAAUUUUCAUAUACUUUAGUUUUAUUAACUGUAUUGGUAAUGUAAAUCGGCCCAGGAAGGAAAUCUGACGUUUCGAUCCUUAGCUCUCUUUACGGAGGCCAAUUAACAUUAUUAAAUCAGUCGAUAAAACCACACUAUCUUGUUAUACUCUUCUCCCGACGUAGCAACAUACUUUCUUUAGAAACUUACCUCCUUUUUUCAUUUGUUACUUUUCAGAGUUUGGGAGUUGUUUUGUAUGUACUUAUUUGCCGUGCUUUACCAUUUGAUGGUGGAACUUUGCCAGCUCUGAGAGACAGAGUACUGGAAGGAAGGUUUCGCAUUCCAUUCUUCAUGUCCACAGGUAUGAGACUGUAAUUGAAUAAAGUUUCGUUUUCAUUUUCGAUAAAUUCCCAAACGCGGAAAGAUAAGAGAGAGAUAAGCUUAUUCACGUAAUACAAUACAACUGCGGAUUGCUCUAACUAAGAAAUGACAAAAGAAAAGAAAAGAAAAGGUUAAGGAAUUUCACAUACCUCAUUUGUUUCGUAAAAAGGAUUGAAUACGGAAAAAAAAACAAAAAACCGGUAACUAUGAGCCCGUCGCCAUUUUGAAAACUAGUAAGAGUUAGUUUGAGCCCCUGGUCUUUUUGUCAGCAGUAAACUCGUUCACUGACGGGUAUACUUCGAUUGUCACGAAGAUUUUCGUGCAUUUUCGUUGGAAGUCAUUUGUUUUCGCAUCUCUGAACUUAAAUUGUACCUGUAUUUCUUCCACAGAAUGUGAGCACUUGAUCCGUCACAUGCUCGUCAAAGAUCCUAACCAAAGAUAUACAGUCGAACAGAUUAAAAAACACAAAUGGAUGCAAGCCGACCCUGCUGUGAAAACCAUUUUAGCUGACAAUGACGAGUUUAAUUUUGAAGGAGAGAAGAUACUGGACGAGUACAAUGAACAAGCGCUUGAGCUUAUGCAGGGGCUCGGCAUCGACAUAGAAAGAACGAAAAAGGUAAGCAGAAAAUUAAAAACAUCUGGCGUUAUAAGUUCUCUUUUAAUAUUGAUUUUCCUACUGGCCGCGUGCCACAAUUCAUCAGAGGAAAAUAAUUUCGGUAUUUCUCUGAACGAUAUUUUCACAUUAAAUUUUUUAAACGAUUUUAGUAUCUGGGUAACUGCACAUCUACCCCUCCCCUAACCUUCUUUCUUGUUGUUUUAAAGUAGUUUAUCUUAAUACUCAACCCUUUGAUCACUUAGAGUGACUAGCAUCUAAUUUCUCCUUUCGGUCUCAUCCCUGAUUACCAUAUUGAGGUUAUGAGAAUAAAGGAGAUGAUCACCAAUGAUAAGAGCUUUAGACUGUUAAGCAAACUCUCCUUGUUAGCACUUCAAAAAACGUAUAAAGAACAGUAUGGAGAUUAUCAAUUCUGAUGUUAGGGUAUAAAGGGUUAAGACUUUAGGAAUUACUUGAGUCAAUAUCUUGCAGUUGCCAGUACUUUUCUCAGCUUUGAAUUCGUAGUACAUCUGAACGAGGAGACCAAGUGUAGCAGUAUUCGUGUUGUUUGUCAAGUGCUAUGUACAUGUAGGCUGAAUGCGUCUGUUUUCUUCGUUACCAGGCUCUGGCUGAAAACGCAUAUGACCACCAUACAGCUAUUUAUUACUUAUUGGUGGAUCGAUUACGUCAACACAGAGCCAGUUACCCUCUGCAAACCCAGUUAGAGACCAGACUCCGUCGGCCAAGUGGGAUUGCGGAGGCUGCUGUUGUAAGGGGGAGUAAGAACAAUGUUGUGGUAGUGCCAACUCGCGCCGCUCAACGGACCGUUCCGGCGCAACCUGCGAGACCUUAUAUUCCUCUGCAAUACGCUAUUAAUGAACUUCACGAGCGCAUUCCAACGCCACCUGAAAUAAGGCGGGAAAUCGCUACGGAGUGUGUCAAGGAACUCUCACCGCUUCGCGAACCUGGACUUAAAGCGCGCUCGAUUUCACCGCGGCAAAUGAUAGGACCUUCAUUAUCGCUAGACAAUAGUGUUAACAGAGAAAUGGACUCAGAUAUUGAAUCUGCGGUUAUAGAAAAAAUGGAAAGCGAAGACGUCGAUGACAAAAGCCUUAAACCCAGGCGACAUACGGUUCAUUCAAUGCCGAAACAACCACUGACAGUUCCGCCGUGCCACCCUCUCCUUGCCCGCGGUGCUUCGGAAGAAGUGCUUGAGGAAGGUAUUAUCCCAACGUUUCAAAUGAAACCAGCUAUUGUCGUCUCGCAUUGCGGGCCUGGUAAUACUUCUACGUCGUCCGCCUCACCGUUUGUUUCACAUCGAGGCUCAGGACUGCAUUUGCACGAUCCCAGGUCGAAUUUCCACGUGCCGCUCGGGAGGCGUGCGUCGGAUGGGAAUGCUGUGGCAAUUGCUUUUCAACAAAACUUAAGGAUAACGUCAACACAAAACCGAAUUAAAAAACUGCAACUAGAGCAUCAAAGACUUCAAGAACAAUAUCAAAAAUCGCUAUCGCCCUCCGAGCUUACAGAUCAGCAGGCAGUUCACGCCGAGUACAAACAAAAUUAUGAUCAAAUGCGCGAGGAAUUACAAAAACAUUAUGAGGAACUUAUGGCAAACAACGAACAAGACAGAACUGAUGGGAGAAUGGAGCCUGUUGCCGAACAGAAAACUAGUUUUCAACAGGAAAAACAGGCCCCGUAUUUUCAGCCUUUGCAUCAUCAACUUCAGCAGCUGCAUAUCGAUGCGAGACACAACCCAUUACGGCGCACACCUUCGUAUAAACAAAAUCCUCACAAACAGGUCUUUCGAACAUCCUCCUAUAAACGCGCGCAAAUAUGUGGCAUGUUGCCCCCGUUAGAGAAUGGAUCGCCGACGGAGUCUCUUGAGAACACAGAACCACUUGUCCAAGCUGAUACUCAGAAUGUGGGGAGAUAUUCUAUAAUCUCGCUUUAAAAAGGAAACUGAUUUUUUUGGCGCUUUCGAAUACGUGCAUUGCAGAUUUUAAUUCAUCUCUUAAGCAAAAUGCCUAAGGUAUAACUGUUCUCUUGAUAAGAAACAAACAUUGCAUUCUUAUUCCUAUUCAAAAACAAUUCAAUAAGUUCUCUUUAGAAUUCUGUGAAACGAUUACUGUGUCUGUUUUGCAAAAAUCGUGCUGUCAUGUGGACGGCCAUUACAUUUUCCCUUCAAAAUAUCCAACGCUGGUUCUCAUUCGCCCAAUCUUCACUCGAACUCUAAAAAAUCUGCAGCAUGUAUUCGAACUCGUCCAAACAACUAAAGGUCUCUAAUAAUAAACCAAGAAAGGAAAAAAAUUGAUCAAUAAGGGAGAGGAUUAAAAAGGUUUGCGAUUGAAGAAGCUCAACUCAAAAUCUUGGCCAAGUUUUUGCUAGAUGCUUGUUUUCAAAGUCGUUACAUCGAGUUUUAAUAGGAACUGAAAAAGUGUUUCGCUUUGUUUUCAACAUCUUUUGAGGUCUUGUUCAUGUUAGCAACAGUUAAAUUAAAACCAGACUGUACUUGGCUACUGCCACUAUAAAAUCACCCUAUAAUAAAUCUAACUACUAAAUUUAUAUAUAUUCUUUAUAAAUAUAUUUCUAAAAAAAGUAAGAGUGUAGGUUUUUUAUGGUCCUUUUCAAAGAGAGAGUAGAUUUCUAAGAUAUAUCAGAGCUCUUGUACAUAGCCAGAGAAAAAUACAGAAGAGAGGAAACGAAACAAGAGAAAUGUAAAUAAGUUCGUUUUCACGCCUCGUGGCUUUGAUCUUGUGAACGCGUAUACAAGCUGUAAAGGUACCUUGCGUUUUUUCCAAAAAACAAAAAUUAAAGCAGAA